AUGAAGAGAGAUGUUGUCGUCUUCGUGUCCAAAUGCCUAACGUGCCAACAAGUCAAAGCCGAGCAUCAACGACCUGUGAGGGAGUUAGAACCAUUUCCAGUCACUGAAUGGAAGUGGGAGAAAGUGACCGUGGAUUUCGUUACCGGUUUACCGAGAGCGCUGAGGGGGCACGAUGCCAUUUGGGUUACGAAUUCGAUAGAUACACUUAGUCAUUUGUACAUCCGCGAGAUUAUCCGUCUUCACGGGAUUCUCGUCUCUAUCGUGUUGGAUCAAGAUCCAAGGUUUAUCGCGCGCUUUUGGCAAAGGUUGCAGGCCGCUCUUGGCACCAAUCUCUUGUUUAGCACCACGUAUCAUCCUCAAACAGAUGGGCUAUCCGAGAGAACGAUCCAAAUUCUAGAAGACAUGCUUCGGAGUAGGCAAAAGAGUUAUGCCGAUUGUCGUCGCCGGCCAUUAUCGUUUGAAGUGGGGGAUCAUGUGUUCCUUAAGGUGUCGCUGCGUCGGGGAUUAUCUCGUUUUGGGCAAAAGGGCAAGCUUUCACCUCGUUUUAUCGGGCCAUUUGACAUUAUCGAGAAGAUCAGGGAGGUCGCGUAUCAAUUGGCCUUACCACCAAGAUUAUCGGGCAUUCAUGAUGUGUUCCACGUAUCGAUGUUGCGAAGAGAAAAAGUUGCUAGUUCUAGGUAUCCAAAGGCCAAAAUUUGGUUAUUGGUUAAGGGGCUGCUAGAUGCAAUACAUUAUAAAAACCAUGAUGUGAUCAAACUUUUGGAGAAACAUGGUGCAAAACCUUUGAUGGCGCCAAUGCAUGUCAAAAAUGCCCGUCAAGUCCCAGAGUAUGAAACUUACCCAAAGGAGCUGGACUUUACAGAUAGUAUUGAAAUUACUAAGGUAGUUUAUGUAGCGGACCGAGAGUAA